AUGGCUUUAGAGACAUGUGGAAGCUGUUUGAGUUGUCUGCUGAUACCUCUUGCACUUUGGAGUAUUGUUGUUAACAUCCUUUUAUACUUCCCUAAUGGGAGGGCUUCCCAUGCUGCCAGUUACCAGCUUCCCAACUACGUGUGGUAUUUUGAAGGGAUCUGUUUCUCAGGCAUGAUGAUCCUUCUGCUGGCAGUAAUUCUCAUAACACUGGAGGGUAACCUGUUCUAUCGGUGCUGCCAGAGCGAGAGCUGCAACAAGACCUACAGGAGCUUUAUUUCAAUUGUGCUUGCCCUGCUUGGAGUUGCUUUCUCUGGAUACAGUUGCAUCAUUUUUACCUUGGGGUUGAUCCAAGGCCCCUUCUGCAAUUCAUCAGGUGGAUGGGAUUAUAUCUUCAAAGACACUGCUGGAGGGUACCUCACAGAUUAUCCUUCUUGGUCUCAGUGCACUGAACCUCCUAACGUAGUGGAGUGGAACAUCAUUUUACUCUCUGUUCUGAUAGCACUUAGUGGACUGGAGUUGAUCAUCUGUUUUCUCAAAGUGGCUGCUGAGCUGAAACGGACACUCUGUGGGACAUAUUCUGUUUUUGUCCAGGCCAAUAUUCUCUGAAAAUGGC